AUGGACCUCCUCAAUUCCACCAAAUUGGAGGACGUCACAAUUGGUCUUGAUAUCAACUUGACAUAUGACCUCGGCCUCGACAAAACAUACGACCCUGACCUCGACUUCAACCGUUUCUAUGACAACAACAAUAACACCAAUGAAGUAUACCAGAUUCCGAUGCGUGUUUGGGGCUACUUAACGAUACCAGUAGUUGUCUUUGCCUUUUUGGGGAACUUUUUAGUAAUAUGCGCUGUCUUGAUGACCACUAAACUUCACAAGAACAGCAAUGUCCUUAUCAUCGCCCUGAGUAUUACAAACGGCCCAGUGUCUUCACUUGUCCUCGUCCCCUACAUAUACACUCACGUGACAUGCCAGUGGGGAUUGGGCGACAGGGCGUGUGCUCUGUUAGGUUUCACAGGCUGGGUAGUAUUCAGCGCUUCUUGCCUCAUCCUUGGAUUCAUCACCAUUCAACGCUACUGUGCUAUUGUAUGGCCCUUGUGGUUCCGCACUACCAUGAUGCUGAACAGCAAGCUAAUCAAUGGGGUUUUUGUGGUUAUCAGCUAUGCGUUCCCCUUUGUGAUCCACCUUCCUGUUAUGUUUGGAGUUGGUGGAGAGAUGGGAUUUGACCCCAUAGAAUGUCGUUGUAGUAUGCUGACGUCCAAUAGCAAAGCGUUUCGAUUCAUCAGCAAGGCUUUGGCAUGGGGCAUUCCGACUUUCACCAUGAUCUACUGUUACGCCCACAUUAUGUACUCAGCGUACAAGAACAAGAAGGGACUCCUGGAAAUCAAUCAGGCUCAGCAUCAGCAGGCUCAGAAGUUUCGCAUGAACAUACGAAUUGCUAAAAUGUUCGGAAUGUGUUUUCUGGCUUACAACAUUCUCCUGGUGCCCACCACCGUGAUGGAAAUCAUGACCAAGAAGCUGCAGUCGAGGAAUGGUAGUGAAGCCGCCACCCUUUUGUUCAUGUGCACCUUCGUUGUGAAUCCUAUCAUCUACGGGUUUACCAAUAAGAACUACAGACAUGCCUAUAAGAAUAUAUUAACUGGGAGGUGUAUGAAAAACAACGCGGUGAGACCGGGGGCAGAACCAGGACCCAGCAUAGAAAUUCCAGUCCUACCAAGCACUUCGCGUUCUAAAGAGGGGGAGACAGGCCAUCAGGUAUCCUCAUCCUUUUCAGGUACCAUGAGUUAA